GUUGGAUUACCCGCGGAAAAGAAACCCAGACUUCUGCUACCAAUCGAUCUACCUCAUAGGGAAAUUAUAACCUAAUCUACUAGGUACGUGUUGGGUCGAAAUAUCGAAGUAUCGACACAAUUCGAGCAAACGUCACGAUGCGGAACGACCUACUACUCAUCGCAACGGCUCUUGCGGCUACCCAGGUACGCGGUGACAGGGCGUGCGGAAGUGGUACCACCUCUCCGACGUACCAAUGGCGCGUCGGUGCUGGUAGAUACGACGGGGUAGUUAACGGAUCCGCUACAGUGGCACUUAGCAUAGUCCCAGGUACUAGUGCCCAGGGAACAUUCUUCGAAUGCGUUGCAGAAUGGCCGGAAUCGUGGGCAGGGUGGUACGAGGACGGAAAUAUCAUAUGGAGCGACUGCAUAUGGGCGGGCAACGGGCGAACCUACGACACGGCAGUGUCAUUCGCGAUGGACUGGAAGAACCAUACGGUGUACAUAUCUCAUACGUUCGCCUGUUCGGACGUUCAGGGAUCCGAUGCCUUAGCUACGGGAUCAGUACAGCUGGACAUGGACUGCACGUCGAGCACCGAAGGCGAUGAGAGUUGCAUGCUAAAGGGUAGCGGGCUAGCCGUCACUACAAAGGGCGGCUUGGCCCACGCGGAAACCGAUGCCUGCGCGGACACUUCGCAAAGUUAUCAGUCAUGGCAACUUGAGAAUUGGAAACGCCAGUACGAAUUGAUCCCGGGCUCCUCUGCCGCCACGCCUGACUCGGAUACUGGUCCGUCUUUCACACUGAGAAAUAUGGCUAACAAGGACGUGUUCGACUGUUCAACUUCGGGGAACAGAAACAGCACAUUCGACGGGACUUGCAAGUCAGCUUCGGAGGGAAGUUCGGCAACUACGGCAGGAUUUAUCUUCGACUCCCAACUAGAUAUCCUCACAAUCACGCAACAUUGGAAUUGCAGCGACUCAUCUUCGCUCGACGCUAUCGGCAUCGGCUAUGUCCAAGCGACGUGCGCCCGCCAGGGAAAUAUGCUGAGUUGUAGUUCGAACCCGCUUUGGAUCGGUACGAAGACGAUUUGACAUUCUAGGUUAGGUAUAAGAUAGAGUACCUACAUACCUAACAACUAGCAAUUAGGGAUAUGCUCUAUGAAUAAAGGUCUAUAAGAAUAGGUAUAC